AUGUACGCAUACAUAAAAUUUCUGGACGGCCCGGUCCAGGGCAACAAGUACAGAGCACCUGCGAACAAAAUCGAUUUCUCUUUUACUGACGCAACAUUUGAUGAAAAUAAAAAAUAUUUUGCUUAUCACAAGGAUGAUACAGAAAAGGAGCUGGAUCAUCUGAUAAAUGCUAAUAAAAGACAGAGAAUCGUUCCAGUAAAUAAAUUAGACACUGCUAGCGAAAAAUCAGAUGCUAACGAUGGAAAAAACUGUAUUUCAAAUCCUUCUACACCAUCUCGCAAAGAAAUGUAUGAUAAAUUGAUGUCAAUUAAAAUAGAAAAGCUGGAUAUGUCGAAAACCAAACCGAAGGAUGUAACAUUAGAUAAUGAAAAAAACCUAGCUUCAUUUGGAAAAAUUAUUGGUAUAAAACCAGAUGAUUUGGAGAACAUUGUUAAUGGUUCUAGCCAAUUGAAUCGUGGACAAGAACUUCAUAUAAAUAAUUUCAACAGUGAAGAAGAAAAGGCGAAAUCAUCCCUUAAAUACAAGGAACGAGUGAUAACUGACAACUCAUUGGACGAUGAAAACAUAUCUAAUAACUCUAACCAGACAGAUGAUAAAGUGGAUGUCGAUGGAGACAAUAAAAAAGCUGAAAAUGAAAAGGCCUUGCAGAACAAAGAAAAUAUCAAUCGUUUGAAGGUGAAAGUUUAUACUAAACUUGAAGGGGACAACAAAAUAAAGUAUGUCAAUGUGAAUAAAGAAUUGAACCAAGCAAAGAAAGAUUUGGCUAAAGUUAAAAAGGAAAAUAUAAAGUUAGAGAAAAAGAUAGAAUGUUUGAAACAGAAAUGUCAAGAGGCAACGACAGAAGCGGAGAAAUAUAGACUGCUAAAUGUACACAUUGGACGAAAUCAAUGGUUAGACGAAAAAGUGUAUAACAAUGUGAACAACAAAUCAAAAAAUCCCAAACAGUUUGUGGGAAAUGUACUUGUUGCAGUUUUUGGAUCUGAAAUCCUACAAAAAAGUACAAUAACCGGUAGAGCUUCCAAUAAAAUGAAUUCGAAGGAAAAGUUUAACCAACUAGAUCCUACUGUUGCAGCUGCUUGCAAAGAUGCAUAUGCACAUUGGCUUGAAACAUUAUAUGCUAAAAUAUUCCCCGACUAUCAUCAUGAACUUGAGUUUGCCAAUUUUAAUGAGUAUGCCUCUAAAAAAAUAUCCUACUUAAAACGACCACCUAAAGAAGUAACAAAACAACGAAACAAGACCAGUGAAGAAGAGCAGACUGAAAGUACAUCAAAACGUCAGAAAAUGAAUGUGACACCCGAUCAAACUAAUAACUCAGAAAAUUAUAUUGAAAACGAAGAUAAAGCUGAUGAAAAUGCUGAAGAAGGGGAGCUCAAUCAAAUUCGCUAAUGAUGGCGAACUAUCUUCUGAUGUUGACGAUUUGUCUCCUGUCGAAUUUGAAUCGUAGAUGCUUUUAGAUAAUUUUUAUUUCCAUUAAUAAUUAUUAAUAUUUAAAGUAACUUAUUAUUUAUUUAAAUAUUCUUAUAACAUUAGAGUUAAAUUAAAGUGUGUUUCUAUUAAGAGCAACAAGUACAAAUGAAUACCAAAGACGAAUAAUUUUGAUACGUUAUUUGUUAUAAAAUAUAACUUUCGACCGAUUCGUGCAAUAUUUCCUCAACGUGCAAUUGGAUCUCCACAACUUUUUUAUUGCAUGGUUACAAAAUGUGAGGUUGUUAGAAUAUUACUUUGAUAUAAUUCAAAUACAUUAUAAAGUCAUGUCAUGAAAUCGGUCCCUAAUUUUUCUUUACAAAAAUUCUAAAUUCGAAA